CGCUCCGCCCGCGCGAGUCCUUGCCAAUCAUACUGCCUGCUGCGCAGCCUCGGAGCAGUCGCCUGCAUCCGGGUCCUUCCUGCCGUGGGGCGCCAAUAGGGAGGAGUAGGAGAGAGGCCGGCGCGCGCGGGCCAGCCUGGAGGUUGUCGGGGGGGAGGGGCGCCGUAUUGUGCGAGCUGCAGAAGGAGCCUCAAAAUGGCCGCCGCCGCCACCUCCUUCGCCUCUUCCUCGUCGUCGUCGUCGUCGUCGUCUUCCUCCUCCUCUUCUUCUUCUGCCGCCGUCGCCGCCAACGCCUCCUCGGCCGCCGGCACCCCGGGCCUCAACCCGGUGCCGACGGAGAGCAAGAAGAUCAUGGAGCUGCGCGUCAUCGACCUCAAGUCCGAGCUGAAGCGCCGCAACCUGGACGUGGCCGGCGUCAAGACCGUCCUCAUCGCCCGCCUCAAGCAGGCUAUCGAAGAGGAAGGAGGAGAUCCAGAUAAUAUUGAAAUAGCUGUCUCAGCUGAUACUCCCAACAAGAAACCAACCAAAGGAAAAGGUAAAAAGCAGGAAACAGAUGAAUUCAGUGGUGAUGUUUCCGUGGAAGACGACUCCUUGGUCAAGGAGAGUGAAUUGGAAGCUCAAGAUGCAAGUGACCAGGAUGGAAAUGAUGAACUGAAAGACUCUGAAGAAUCUGCAGAAAAUGAAGAAGAAACGAAUUCUAAAGUGUUGCCUCCUGUAGACGAAAAGAAAAGUCAUUCAAAGCAGACAGAAAAGGACUUGGAAAACCAGGCCAAUGACUUUCGGGAUACAGAAGAUGAAAGCUUUGCUGCUGGUCAUGAUGGAGAAGAAGAGAAUGAGAGAGAUAAAGCAGGUUCUGGUGAUGGUACACAAGAAGUAUCUAAGCCUCUUCCUUCAGAAGAGAGCCUAGCUGAGGCUGAUCACUCUGCUCACGAAGAGAUGGAAGUGAACGUGUCUGUGAAAGAAGCUGAGGAUGAUAACAUAUCGGUUACAGUCCAGGCCGAAGAUGCCAUCACUCUGGAUUUUGAUGGGGAUGACCUUCUAGAAACAGGUAAAAAUCUGAAAAUUACAGAUUCAGAAGCAAAUAAGCCAAAAGACGAACAGGAUGCCACUGCACCGAACCUGGAGAAGGAAAGCAAAGUUUAUGAGAUGUCAGAGAACCAUAAAGAUGGUAAGAAGGAAGACUCCGUGAAGGGGGAUCCUGUCAAGAAGGAAGCCCGAGAAAGCUCGAAGAAAGCAGAAUCUGGAGACAAAGACAAGGAUACUUCGAAGAAAGGCCCCUCGUCUACUGGGGCCUCUGGUCAAGCAAAGAGCUCUACUAAGGAAUCUAAAGAAAGCAAGGCUUCAUCCAAGGAUGACAAAGGAAGCGCAAGCAGUGGGAGCAGCAGCAGCUCUACUAAGAACUUAUGGGUUAGUGGCUUGUCCUCUAACACAAAAGCCGCUGACUUGAAAAAUCUGUUUGGCAAAUAUGGAAAGGUUCUUGCUGCAAAAGUGGUCACCAGCGCCCGAAGCCCUGGAGCCAAGUGCUAUGGCAUUGUGACCAUGUCAUCGAGCACAGAAGUGGCAAGAUGCAUCAGCCAUCUCCAUCGUACAGAGCUGCAUGGGCAGCAGAUUUCUGUUGAGAAAGUUAAAGGUGAUCCUUCUAAGAAAGAGCUAAAGAAAGACAGCGAUGAGAAAUCUGGCUCUGGUAGAAAUCUUGGAGAAAAGAAGAUGACUUCGAAUGACAAAGCUAGCAAGACCCCCUCUAAAAAAGAGGACAAGAAAUCUGACAAGUCUGAGAAAAAGGAAAGCAAAGAUGGGAAGAAACCUGAGAGUAAAGAUGAGAAGAGUGACGGUGGGCCCAGCGGCCCUGCUCAAGAGCCUGCGAAGACGCCUGAAGACAAGAAGCGCAUAAGUGUAAAAAGUCCAAGCCACAUGGUAGUUCUAGACCAAACAAAAGGAGAGCAAGCUCACACCAGAAUAAGAAGAGGGAGGUUUGAGAAACCUCCAAUGUUAAGGAACAAAGAGCGUUUUCUUCAAGAUAAAAUGAAGUUCAGAGAUUACCGGGGCCGAAAGGACAUCUUGCCUUUUGAAAAGAUGAAGGAGCAAAGGAUGAGGGAGCACAUUGUCCGGCUUGAGCGAAUACGGCGUGCUGUGGAGUUACGAAGGCGAAGAGAAAUUGCCGAGCGAGAGAGGCGCGAGAGGGAGCGUGUCAGACUUCUCCGCGAGCGCGAAGAGCGUGAGCGUUUGCAGAGGGAGAGAGAGAGGCUGGAAAUUGAGAGGCAGAAGCUGGAGAGAGAGCGGAUGGAACGAGAGCGCUUGGAGAGGGAGCGGAUCCGUAUUGAGCAGGAGCGCCGCAAGGAAGCGGAAAGGAUUGCUCGCGAACGAGAAGAGCUUCGGCGUCAGCAGCAGCAGCUUCGCUACGAGCAGGAGAAAAGGAAUUCCCUGAAACGACCCCGUGAUGUAGAUCACAGGAGAGACGAGCCCUACUGGAAUGAAAGCAAAAAGAUUGCCUUGGACACAGAUGCUCGCUUCAGUCAUGGGUCUGAGUACAGCCGACAGCAGAACCGGUUUAGUGACUUUGACCACAGAGACAGGGGGCGAUACCCAGAGGGUUCUGCAGUGCAGUCUUCCUUUGACAGGCGCGAGCGGUUUGUCAGCCAAGGCGAUGGGAAGAAAGCUCGGCCAUCUGCACGACGGGAGGAGCCUGGGUUCGAAAGAUACCCCAAAAACUUCAGUGAGUCCAGAAGAAAUGAGCCCCCUCAGCCCCGAAAUGAGCUCCGCGACAGUGACAGGCGAGAAGUGAGAGGCGACCGUGAUGAGAGGCGGACGGUGAUAAUCCAGGACAGAUCUGAAAUUGCUCAUGGUCGGCAUCCGCGAGAGGCUGGGUCUAACCCAUCCCGGCAGGGUUCUUGGAAGGGUGAAGGAGGCAUCAACCCUGACAAGCGGGAUGCCAGAGAGAGGCCAGAAAGGUCAGGCAGAGACGUGUCUGGCCAUGCAGUGAGAGGUGCCCCCACUGGGAGUCGUAGCAGCACAUCUGGCUAUGGAAGCAGGGAGACAGAGCGCAGUGUGAUGGAGCGUGGAAGUGGGGGGCAGCAUUACAAUGAAGAUCGGCAUGUGGUUGAGCGGCAUGGCCGUGAUGCUGGGCCAAGGAAAGAAUGGCAUGGGCCCAGUUCCCAGGGGAGCAGCUAUCACAACACCAGGAGGAUGGGAGAUGGUCGAGCAGGAGGUGGCAUGAUGUCGCCCCACUCAAGCCCCAUCAUGCUGUUGGCUCGUAUUCAGCUUCUGAUCAUCAACAGUUCCAAGAUCCUUCUCACAUGUAGUAUUGCUGAGCCAAAUAUCCCCCAUCUUAUAACUGUGCACUUGGUUGCUUUUUCCUAGUGUAGAACUUUGCUCUUAUCCGUUAUUUAAUUUUGUUGUGUUCAGCUUAAUUCUCCAGCCUAUCAAGUUGCCUUUGAAUUUUGUUUCCGUCUUCCAGGACAUUAGCUUUCCCUCCCAAUUUUGGGUCAGAAUAAGAGACAGAGUGUUGCCAGCAGCCGUAUUUUAUGCAGAGAGAGAGAGAAAUCCUGGAGUUUUUUUAAUUUGAGGUCCUGUCGCAUAGGGGGCAGAAUAGUCAGCAGAGCUCAUGGAAACAAAUAGCAAUUGCUGCUCCUCUGCAAGUAGCUUCCUGACAGUUGGAGCAGGCUUUCUGCCAGCACCACCCCCAGCCUGACGGGGGGCCAACCUGCUUGGCCAGUGGUGCUUCUGCUGCUGAUCCCGGCACCGUGGCUGCUCUGCCGAUGCGUCACGUGAGGUGCUGUGGGUUGUGUGUGCUGUGGCACUGACUGGGUUGGUACAAUCCGCUGGAUGGAUGCCUCACACAAAACGUACACUAUACGUGCACACACACACGACAAAACCACUCAGACACAGGGAAACGAACGGAUCAGAGUGCUGGUACCCAAGGUGGGCGGUGGGGGGUGACCCUGCUUAAACAGCUAAGAUGGGGCACAAGCAGGAAACAGUUUUAAUUUUUUUAAUAUAAGGGAGGAUGGGAAAGGAAAAGAUUUAUUAGGACAGAUGUGAGGCUGGAUUGUGGGUGAACUUGUAAGGUAACGAAGACUGGACAAGGCAAGAAACUCGCCCGAAUGGAAAGAGUGGCUGGGUGUGGUGGAGCGGAAAGCAGCUAUGCAAAAUCUCCCCCAAAAUAGGGCCAAAACUGGUGGAAGGGGGAAGAGGGAGUACGACACUGCAAGGAGGGUGGGGCUGAUUCCUUGGGAAAGGAAAGGAUGUAGAUUGGCAAAGCUAACAGGUCCAAUGAGGCUGGGCUGGAUCAGGUGAGGAUAGGCAGAACUAGAGCGUGAAGCAAGACAGUCUGAAUAAUGAAACAAACCCACCAAGCCAACUCAGCCCACAAACCCUUUCAAGUGUUCCUUCAAAGAACUAAUGAAAGAAUGAAGCCAGUGGGGGGGAAGUCAACAGGUGGUUUUAAGAGUUCACCAUCCCUUCCCGAAAGCACUGUGACUAGAGUGGUGUUGGGUAAGAUUUUUUUGUCCUAGAGUGGAAGCAAGAGAGCUGGCUCCAGCAAAGCCUGUCUCCUCCUCCUCCUCUUCCCACCCUGGCAUUUCAGCCCAGAAGUUGGAGGUGCUAGCUGUCAACAAUAAGCAAAUCCCACCCACCCCCACCUGGUGAUUUCCUUAAAUGGUGCUUGUUUGAUUUUUUGUUGCAUUUUCAAAACAUUUUGGAGACAGGGAUUUCUGAGUGGGUUUUUUUUACUCCAGAUCACCCCUGAUCUUAGAGAUGGCUUGGGAUAAGGUGCUUCGCCUUGGAGUAAUCCAGGGCUACCCCGACCCACUCUGUGGCCAGAACAAAUUGACCCAAGUCACUUCAGUUCAGGAUUCAUCCAGAUUGAGCGCACAGCCCAUUUCUGUGACUCAGUACGGCUUGGCAGUACAAAUCAGAUUCCCUUGAGCAGGCUUUGUAGGGAGUUUCCUGACCUCAUAUAAUUCUCCCUGAAUCUGGCUGGUACUUGCCAACACAAGAACCUUAAGUAAUCAUUUCAUUAGUUUGUAAGCAGUAUGUGUUCUGAUUAAAGACAAAUCCCCUUAGGCUUGUGGAGAUGAAGCUUCACCCAUGGGGACAUUGGGCGAGGGCCUUGACCUUGUGACCUUCUCCCUUUUUGGUGGUAGGUGAGAGCUCAUCUCUGGAGGGAGCAUCUCAACAAGUCUUAAGGUAGUGUUAAGAUCCAAGAGUUCAAUUGGACUUCUUUUUAAAACUCUCUCUUCACCUGCACAUGAAUAUUUGGAGCGUUGUCCAAAACAUGACAGUAUAGCAGGAGUCACUGGCUCUUGAUCGAGUAGUGACAUGGUGUCCCUGAUGCUCUAUGGGACUCAGAAGCUGCUGUUCCCUCACUUGCCAGCCAUUUUUGUAGCAUGGUUGAGUUGAGGUCCUGGGUGGGAAAUCUUUGCAUAUAUGACAGCAAUCUUACUCUCACAUCUCACUUGCAGUCUUUACUCCUGCAGCAUGAUCAGAUUGUGAGAACUUUGAUUCGCUUGGGACUCUGGGAUAGGGAGUCUCAUUCUUCAAAAACUUACAAUUGCUUC